CAUUCAGCUUUCGAGCUUGUCCGUAUAAAGUAUUCAAUAUUUUGGGUCGUCACUGGAGAGAUAAUUUAGUGCAUUCGGGGAUACAGCCAGUGUAAGACGUACUCAUCCGAAAUUCAGUAAUUAACGAAAUAAAUUGCGGUUUUAACAUCCAUGCUGUCGGCGUUUGUUUACGUGAGAUCAGCUGUUGUUAUUAGUGUGCAGUCGGUGUCGCCUGAUUGUGUGUUUUGAUUGGGCGGCAGAGCACAGCGCAGCGCCAUGUCGUGCUGACCGUGACAUGAGCAGCGGCCGCCAUGGCUCCCGACGCCGAGCACUGCGCCACCGCGCGCCUGACCGGGGCCCAGCCAGCGCCCGUGCACGCGCCCCGCAGGGUCCUGCCCGACGCGCACGCGCCCGCCACCGCCUGGACAGAGAACGAGGAGGAGCGUCCCGGAGACAACACCAACAGCCCCGGGGAGAACCGCCGCCUGCUGCCCACCGGGGCCCCAGUCAAGCACAAGUCGCGCCUACAGGCCGGCCUCACGCUAGGAGUGCACCCCCAGGGGAAAUACAAGUCCCCACAACUUACCAAGUCACAUAAGCCCUACGCGAAGAACAAAUUCGAGAAGAGGAAGGAUAAGCUCUUAGCUCUAUUGAAACCACCGUAUUUUAUAGUGUCCAUGAUAAUUUUACUUGUAUGCAUCCACCUGUGGGGCUCGGCAGACAUGCGCGCGCAGAUGGAGUGGUCUCCCAACGCGUGGUGGCGCGAGCCCUGGCGGCUGUUCACGUACGGCUGCGUGCACGCCAGCGCCGCGCACCUGGCGCUCAACGCACUCGUCGCACUCGCUGUGGGCUGGCCCUUAGAGCGCGAGCAGGGGUGGUGGCGGGUGGUGGUGGUGUGGGCCGGCGGGGUGGCGGCCGGCGCGCUGGGGGCCGGCGUGCUGCAGCCGCGCGUGCGCGUGGUGGGCGCCUCGGCGGCCGUGUACGCGCUGCUCACCGCGCAUAUCGCUAAUGUGUGCCUUAGGUUCGGUCACAUUCCGCUGUGGUGGUUCCGUCCGCUGAGCGUGCUGGUGCUGGGCACGUCGGAGGCGUGCUGGGCGCUGGUGCGCGCGUCGCCGGCGGCGGGCGCUCCGGCCGCUGCGCACGCGCACGCCUCGUAUGAAUACGUUGCCUGGGCGGCGCACAUAUUCGGCGCAGCUGUAGGAAUACCUCUAGCCUACUUAGUGUUUACUGGCGAAAACUCCAAAAAGCCAUACGUGGUCGCAAGUCGGCUGAUCUCUGGCGCAGUGAUGUGCGCCGGCGCAGUGCUGGCGUGCAUCUACUACGGCUGGUACGGCGACGACCUCGACCAGACCUGAACCCGGGACCGCGGAACCUCGUGUCUCAAUGAAAAGUGCAAUUCGUACUCAUCCGUCCGCUAUUCGUCACUUAGAAUAGCUUUUGAUGGGAAUUUUACAAGUUUGUACAGUUUUGUACAGAGCUAGUCGGAGUAGCGGUGAACAGAGGCCUCAUCGAUUUAUGGAUCUUUUUCACGUUCUAGAUAUAAGCGUUAUGUACAAACAUGUUCGUUGGAGUUAAUCUAAGGGAAAUGUAAACUAAGUGGUAAAUUCUAAAUUGUAACUCCGCCCACCUCGUGUCACCUGAAGUCAUGAACAUGGCUCGACUAUGUUGUCGACACAUGGCCUACUGAACUAUACGAAUAACUUAUUUCUACGUUGCUUGUUCAUGUUCGCGAUGUGGCGGAGUUUAUAAUAAUAUUGAUUUCUGUGAAAUCACACUUUCGAUUGUUUUGCAUCAAAACGUUGGACAAACGGCUAGUGAUAAUUUAAGCUUUGUACUUAUGCAACGAUUUUAUAAUAUUAGCGACCAAGUGCAAUUGUAAUUACCUUCCAAGACUUUAUAUUAUAAUAAGUAUAUUUGAACUUUGAAAUUUCAUCCACUUAUUCUUGAAUUAUUGCAAUUUGUUUUAUAUGCUCAUUACGAGAUAUUUCAUUGGCACUCAAGUAAUAAAAUUUCGGACUUUUAUAAUGAUAUCAAACAUUUAAUCAAUGUAAACCGAACAAAACGUUGUUAAACUCUUCGCUAUCUGUAAUAACAUUGAUAAACAUAAUGACACUCUUGAAAUAACAAUGUAUUCAGUCUAAGUGAACAGUUAAUUCUCCGGUUAAAGUGACAUUGCACUGCAAACUGCAUGUACUCCAAAUGAUAAAUACAUACUAAGUGACUGCAACCAAAGAGAUUAUUGUAUUCUAGUCCAACCUCAAGUUAUAAUACACGACUUAACUGAA